AUGCCGAAAAGACAACGCCUUUGUUAUGUGGAGGACGACGUGGUGUCCUCUCUCCCUAUCGAGCUGUGGCACGAGGUCUUCCUACGUGUUGGUUUCUUCGACUUGAUGGUCUCGCUGCCUGGUGUGAGUAAGACCUUCAAGCACAUGGUAGGGGAGGACAACGACUAUCUCUGGUACAACCUGUGCAAGCGCGUUUUUGGUGUAGAGCAUAUCCGUCUCCAUUCCUCCCUUGUCGCCUUCUUCUCGCACGGCUGGAAGGAGGUUUUCGAGGCCAGAGUAAAGCUUCUGCUGCGACUGAGUGGUGCCGACUUGGCCGCUAUUGCCAACUUCCCUCGUGCGCUCAUCAGCGAAGAAAGGAUCUGGGAGCCACAGAGCUAUCACCUCCGGUACGUCGCGCAGUGCAAGUGGGACGUUAGCGGACAUGGCGAGUUCUGA